AUGGAAAAGAAGCUUAAGAAGCUGGAGACUGAAUUGAAGGAAAUGAAAGAUAAGGAGAAGAAUAACGUAAAAAAUGAGAGUUUCGAAUACCAAGGCAUGGAUUAUGACUGGGGUGGGCAGCAAUAUGACAGCAAUGGAGUGGACGCAACAACCAAAGAACCUGAAAAAGAACCUGAGAAAGAAUUUAAUGAAGUUCAAGAAGAGAGUGAAGAAGAGGCUGAGAAAGAAAAAGAAUCAGGGAAAGAACCUGAUAAGGUUCAAAAUGAGAGUGAAGAAGAGGCUGUGAAAGAAUCUGAUGAGGUUCAAGAAGAGAAUGAAAAAGAGGCUGAGAAAGAAUCUGAUAAGGUUCAAGAAGAGAGUGAAAAAGAGGUUGAGAAAGAACCUGGGGCUGAGAAAGAACCUGAUGAGGUUCAAGAAGAGAGUGAAGAAGAGACUGAGAAAGAACCUGAUGAGGUUCAAGAAGAGAGUGAAGAAGAGGCUGAGUCUCGGGUUGGAGUUGAAACAAAGUCUCGGGUUGUAGUUGAAACAGAGGCUCGAGUUGAAGUUGAAACUGAGGCUCAAGCUGAGAAAGAAUCCAAGGAAACUCGUACACUACCUGGUAGAACUAAGGGAGCAGCCACGAGGAGAGCUGGAAAAAUGGUGGAGAAAAACAUGGAAGAAUCUGCGGAAGAGGCUCAAAAAAUGGAGGAGGAAGAGGUAGAAAAACCUGCGAAAGAAGCUAAACAAAUGGUGGAGGAUGAGGUGGAAGAACCCGAGAAAAAGGCUCAAAAAUACACUGAAGAAGAAAAUACAUGUGAAACGAAGGAAGCAGCAAAGCAUGCUCGUGCUGGGAUCAAGCAUAGGCCAAAACAAAUGGCGUUGAAGAAGCAUGCUCCUAAGCUGAGGGGUAAACCGAGAAAGGCUGCUGAACCAAAGAAGUUCACAACGCCAGUACAGCCAAAAAGGACACGCACACGUUCACAGUGGGUUUCCACUCCUUUCACUGAAGCUAACACUGAUGAGAUUGAAGAGCGCAAGAAAAACCUAGAACAAAAGUUUAGAAGACAAUCAACUUAA